CCACAAAGAGUGUUUCCGACGGAAGUUGAACCAAAGAGUAUACAAACUUCCUACGGAAGUAUUAGUGUUGCAUUUGAAUGAAAAGGCAUACGUAUUACGUACAGUACAACCAUCGUCUAGGAAGAAGCAAAACCACUGUAAUUACUUACUUACCUUACCGUAUUUGAAUUUUUUAAUAAAAAAAUAAAAAUGGUAGCCAUGGAUUGGCCGUCGAGAGAUCAGUUAAUGGAGUUUAUUCAAGAAAAAGAUAGAAUUGACAACGAAAUCCGUGAAGGAAACUCAGUUUUGGAUAGAAACAAUGUUGGAAUGCAGGAUCCGCUCCUCGAUAUGGAUGGUUUUCCUCGGAGCGAUAUUGCGGUGUAUAAAGUCCGACAAAAGAUUAUUUGCUUGAAAAAAUACCGCAUGAAUCCGAUUGAACGAAUAGAACAACAUCUUGGUAAGGCACACGCUAAGUAUCUUAUCUCCAAUCAUAAUGGCAUGUUUGGUCCGAGGCGCUGUGCCUUGUAUGCUUAUGAUUAUGAAGGACCCAACUGCGAUGAGGACUCAAUGGAUCAAGCAAGUUUUGCUACUGUGGGGCAUGUUCAAGAGGGCUCACCUGCAGAUUUGGGGGGCCUUCGUCAAAAUGACAAGUUCUUGCAGUUUGGUUCUAUAAAUACCAGCAACUUCACAGACAUCAGGCAGCUGCAGAACAUUGUUAGGCGUUUCAUUGAUCAGCCUCUUAAUGUCCUUGUCAAACGAGACAGGGAAAUCAUUAAUCUCACUAUUGUUCCACAACGAUGGGAGAGACCUGGAUUAUUUGGUUGCCAAAUUAUGAAGCAGUGGUGUAUUGUAAGGGUCACCACUUAAGUCCAACUUUUAAGGUGGAAUAUUUGGUAUCUCAGGUCUUAGUUAGAUCACCCUGAGACGUCAGUAGAAUGAUGACCACACACUUGGUGGAACAUCAGCUUGCUUAGCGUUUUUCGUUGAUAAAAUCAUGCCAUUAUUUUAAGUAUAAAUUAGUCUUAUGUAUGAUUUUGCUGUGAUUCAUUUUGUGAUACUUUUUAUUUUAUUAGAAUAUUAAUCAUUAUAAUACUAUAUAAGCUUGUUAGAUUUAGAUACUAAUACUUAAUUCUGACUAACAUUUUAAAUCAGAAUAGAAACAACUACACACUUCUAUGCUAUAGAAAUAUAUUGUAUUGAAGGAAAUAGACGAUGAUUUUGAAUAAUCAAACAAGAUUUUUCGAACUGUACUUGUAAACACAAAUAAACUAUGCAUUCAUUAGGGUAGUUGUUCGACAUUCUCUAUGUGUAGGUCUCAUGUCAGUAGUCUGGCCAUUAUAUCAAUGUAUUAACAAUCUAUAAUAGUUUAUAGUCAAAUACUAUUGAUGUUUGAGAAAUUAAAUUUCGAUAUAAUGUCACAUAUAAUCAGUAGGUUAUUAAUUUUGUGAUAAUUUAUUUUUAUUAAUGGAAUAUGUUUUUUUUUUUAUUU